AUGAAGCCAGCCAGGGAUGAAGAAGGCAAUCCGCCAGGCAGUGAAGGGAGUAGCGCCGGCUCUCUUGAUGAUAUCGUAGAGCAAGGGCAUGAUGAGCUGGGUGGCUCCUCCGCCCAUGUUGCCCCACCCGGCGGCGGUGCCAUUGACGAGGCCGAUGAUCUGGCUGUUGAACAUGGUGCUCAUCCAGUACUGGCAGGAGACGAAGGUGGCGAGGGAGAAGCCGAUCAUGAAGCGGACGGCGAUGUAGCCGGCGGCAUCGGAGACGAAGGACAUGCAGAAGACGGUGGGGGCGGAGAGCAUGAUGAGAAAGGCGCAGCCGUAGCGAGGGCCGAGAAGGUCGCAGACGGCGCCCAUGACAAGACGAGAGAAGAUGCUGCCGGAGACGGAGGUGACGCCGGCGUUGCCAAUGUCGACUUUGGUGAGGUUGAGGUUAUCACGGAUGAUGGGGACAAGAGGGGCGGCGGCGAAGGUGGAGACGAAGCAAGUGAAGAAGGAAAUCCAAGAAAGGUGGAAGGUUCUCAUGUGGGGGUUGGCGAAGGAGAAGAGCUUGAACACCUUGGCCUUGUGCUCGGAGUCCACUGGUAA